CAAAAAAGGCGCGAAAAUUGGCACAAAAAAACACGCAACGGCGGCUAAGUAAAUAGCAUCAGUCAACACAACUUAUUUUUGCGCGCUUACAUUGUUUAUUUGUUGGUUACGAUUUGAACGAGAUGGAUGUUGCUGAUGCACAAAUCGGACAGCUGCGCGUCAAGGACGAGGUGGGCAUACGCACCCAGAAGCUGUUCCAAGAUUUUCUCGAGGAAUUCAAAGAGGAUGGCGAAAUUAAGUAUACACGUCCGGCAGCCAAUCUAGAGUCGCCCGAUCGCUGCACGCUAGAAGUUAGCUUCGAGGAUGUGGAGAAAUACGAUCAGAAUCUGGCGACGGCCAUCAUCGAGGAAUACUAUCAUGUAUAUCCGUUUUUGUGCCAAUCUGUCUCCAACUAUGUGAAGGAUCGCAUUGGCUUGAAGACCAACAAGGAUUGCUACGUUGCCUUUACGGAGGUGCCGACACGGCAUAAAGUACGCGAUCUGACCACCUCAAAGAUUGGCACACUCAUACGGAUCUCUGGCCAGGUGGUGCGCACACAUCCUGUCCAUCCGGAGCUCGUGUCAGGAACAUUCAUGUGCCUCGAUUGCCAGACGGAAAUACGCAACGUUGAGCAGCAGUUUAAGUUCACCAAUCCGACCAUAUGCCGGAAUCCCGUAUGCGCGAAUCGUCGUCGCUUCAUGUUGGACGUGGAGAAGUCGCUGUUCCUUGAUUUCCAGAAGAUACGCAUACAGGAGACGCAGGCGGAGCUGCCGCGCGGCUGCAUACCACGCGCCGUCGAGAUAAUAUUGCGCUCCGAGCUGGUGGAAACGGUCCAGGCUGGCGAUCGUUAUGAUUUCACGGGCACACUCAUCGUGGUGCCGGACGUGAGCGUGCUGAGCAUGCCGGGCACCAGGGCCGAAAUGGGCUCCCGCCACAAGCCCGGCGAGGGCUCUGACGGCGUCACCGGCCUCAAGGCCCUCGGCGUCCGUGAGCUCAACUAUCGGAUGGCAUUUCUGGCGUGCAGCGUACAGGCGACCACCGCCCGGUUCGGCGGCACUGAUCUGCCCAUGUCCGAGGUGACCGCCGAGGAUAUGAAGAAGCAGAUGACCGAUGCCGAAUGGCAGAAAAUCUAUGAAAUGUCCAAAGAUCGUAAUCUAUACCAGAACCUGAUCAGCAGCCUAUUCCCCUCCAUCUAUGGCAACGAUGAGGUGAAGCGCGGCAUACUCCUGCAGCUGUUCGGCGGCGUGGCCAAGACAACAAUGGAGAAGACCUCGCUGCGUGGCGAUGUCAAUGUGUGCAUUGUCGGUGAUCCGAGCACGGCCAAAUCGCAGUUCCUCAAACAGGUCUCGGACUUCUCGCCGCGCGCCAUUUACACCUCGGGCAAGGCCUCUUCGGCGGCCGGCCUGACCGCAGCCGUCGUCCGUGACGAGGAGAGCUUCGAUUUUGUGAUCGAGGCCGGCGCCCUGAUGCUGGCGGACAACGGCAUCUGCUGCAUUGACGAGUUCGACAAGAUGGAUCUGCGCGAUCAGGUGGCCAUACACGAGGCCAUGGAGCAGCAGACCAUAUCCAUUGCUCGCGCCGGCGUCCGGGCCACUCUAAAUGCACGCACCUCGAUACUGGCCGCCGCCAAUCCCAUCAACGGACGCUACGAUCGCUCCAAGAGUCUGCAGCAGAAUAUACAGCUGUCGGCGCCAAUAAUGUCCCGCUUUGAUCUAUUCUUCAUCUUGGUGGAUGAAUGCAACGAGGUGGUCGACUAUGCGAUCGCCCGCAAGAUCGUUGAUCUACACUCGAACAUUGAGGACUCCGUGGAGCGUGCGUAUACGCGCGAGGAGGUGCUGCGCUAUGUGACCUUUGCACGCCAGUUUAAGCCCAUCAUCGGCACAGAGGCUGGCAAAAUGCUGGUGGAGAACUAUGGCCAUUUGCGGCAGCGCGACACGGGCUCGUCGGGACGCAGCACCUGGCGCAUUACGGUGCGCCAGCUGGAGUCCAUGAUACGGCUGAGCGAGGCCAUGGCCAAGCUGGAGUGCUCGAAUCGUGUACAGGAGCGUCAUGUCAAGGAGGCCUUCCGUUUGCUCAACAAAUCAAUUAUACGGGUCGAACAGCCGGACAUCCAUCUGGAUGAUGACGAUCAUCUCGAUGCGGACGAUGGCAUCGAGCAUGACAUCGAUAUGGAGAACAAUGGUGCGGCUGCCAAUGUGGAUGGCGAUGCCACCGCCGCCGCUGCAUUGGAUACAUCCGGCCACGCCAUGCAGAAGAAGAAGUUCACGUUAUCAUUUGAGGAUUACAAGAAUCUGUCGACAAUGCUGGUGCUGCACAUGCGCGGCGAGGAGGCGCGCUGCGAGGUCGAGGGCACCGAUACGGGCAUGAAGCGCAGCGAUGUUGUUACCUGGUAUCUGGAGCAGGUUGCCGAACAAAUUGAAUCCGAGGACGAGCUGAUAUCCCGCAAGAACCUCAUCGAGAAGCUGAUCGAUCGUCUGAUCUAUCAUGACCAGGUCAUAAUACCGCUGAAGACCUCCAAUCUGAAGCCGUUCGCCAAGAGUCCCAAGGCCUCAGCUGUUGACGAUGAGCUGGAAAACGAUCCGCUUCUUGUCGUGCAUCCCAAUUACAUAGUGGAGUAAUCUUUGUCGUCUUUGUCUCUACGCUCAUUUUUGCAUUUCAUUUCAGUUUAAGUUUGUGCGAUUUUUUUUUUCCUACCAAUUUUUAGGUUAGGUUUCAUCUAGUUAAUAAGCAUAUCGUA